AUGGUCUCUCUGAACUCUACGGCCGGUAAAACCACCCGCGGCUACCUACCGCUUAUUCCCUCACUCCAUCCCCACCGUCCAUUUUUCUCUAGAACACUCUCUUUCAGAAACCCACCUACAGUCCCCCCGCUAUUAUCUAUAAAAGACGCCGUCUCCUCUUCACCUUCAGUCGCAUUUAGAAACCCAAAACCUGAAAACUUUAAUACACCCUCACAUUUUGAAGCAUUUUUCUUUUAUUCUGUGAACCCUACUUCUCGAAAAUCGUUUAGUCCCGUCUUGUCCUUGCUCAAAACUGGGCUAAUUACUACUGUUACUGCUGCUGUUCUCUUUUUCUUGGGUUUUUGUUUCAGUUUGAAACCCGCUAUUGCUUUGGCUGUUUCACCUCCGCCCACUGUUGAGACGGCCGCCAAUGAUGCGUUUACGGACGAAGAAAGAGAGAAAUCACUCGAGGAUGAACUGAAUUCUAAUCCACGUGAUGUUAACGCACUUAAGAAUUUAAUGGAAAUUAAAAUAAAGAGUAAGAAGAUUCCUGAAGCUAUUGGCAUUCUUGACAAGUUAAUAGAGCUUGAGCCAGAGGAACAUGAGUGGCCAUUGUUGAAAUCGCAUUUGCAUGCUUACAACGAAGAGAUUGAAUUGGCGAGAAGGGGGUUUAAUGAGCUGCUGACAAUUGAUCCUUUUCGUGUGGAGGCGUAUCAUGGUCUGGUAACAGCAGCUUCUCGGGAGGAGUCAGGCGAGGAAUUGGAGAAAAUCAAGAAGAAGGUGGAGGAGGCUAUGAAAUUGUGUAAGAAUGAGAAUAAGAAGAGUGAUUUGAGGGAUUUCAAACUUUUGUUUGCACAAAUCCGGGUCAUUGAGGGGGAUUAUGACGAGGCAUUGAAGGUAUAUGAGGAGUUGGUGAAGGAAGAGCCAAGGGAUUUUAGACCGUAUCUGUGUCAGGGCAUAAUCUAUACCCUGUUGAGGAAAAACAGAGAGGCGGAGAAGAAUUUUGAGAAGUAUAGGAGAUUGGUUCCUAAGGAGCACCCUUAUGCCAAAUAUAUUGAUGAUAAUAUGCAUGCAACCAAAAUUUUUGCACAGAAAGUGGAGAACGAAAGAGCUGCAGCGAAGAGUUAA